CCUCCACACACACAAAUGGAGAGAGAGAAACAGGCACGCUCUCAGAUCACCGUGCAGACAUAACCGUGUGUUGCUUGAUUGACCGCUUUCUAUGUUUUAUUAACCCAUUUACACGCAUUUAACAUUUGGUUUUGAUGCUGCAGUGGACCCUCGUGGUGUGUCAACACGCAGAGCUGCAGUGGAUGGACUGCAGUGCUGGAGCUCAGCGCCUCUGAGCUGCUCCACAGCGACUGCAGAAACACCGACGGAGAUCUGUCCUGCUGACAGCCUGAAUAAAGCUGCAGUACAUGCAGUCUGUGUUAUGAUGCUUGCGCUGCAGUGCCUGCUGUUUGCUGUAGUGGCAGGCAGCAGCAGUGUGGAGCACAUCACACAUCCCAAACGCCUACUGCAGCAGAAACACACCACCGAGGAGAAACUACACAGCAGACUGGACACCAGAGUGAGAGACAGCGGGCAGGAGACACCUGUGCAUUUAGCCAAGAGCAGUUUCCAAGUCGAGGCUUUUGGAAGAACUUUCAUCCUAGAUCUUCAACUGAACCACGAUCUUUUAUCUUCUGCCUAUGUGGAGCGUCACUUUAAUGGCAAUGGAAAACCAUCUCAGACCACGGGUGGAGAACACUGUUAUUAUCAUGGUUCUAUGAGGAGAACUCCAGGGUCCUGGGCAGCACUUGCAACCUGUCAAGGCCUUUACGGUGUGUUCUCAGAUGGUGUGUUCUCCUACAGCAUUCAGCCCCUCAUCAAUGACACUGACCAGGUCAGUGAUGCUCACCUGGUGAAGAAGAUUCCAGAUAUUAAACUGACAACUUCCUGUUCAGAUUGUUCACUGAAUGAAGAUGAGUCUGUGGAGGAGCUGCUGUCCAACCCUGACCGCUCAGAGAGACUAAAACGCACCAAACGACGAGUGUCCAGGCCGAGAGUUCACACUGAGACGAAAUAUAUUGAGCUGAUGGUCAUCAAUGACUUUGAAAUGUUUGUACAGUUGCGGCGCUCGACCGCUCAGGUGAGGAACUUUGCCAAAGCAGUGGUGAACAUGGCGGAUGCGAUCUACAAGGAACAGCUCAACACCCGCAUUGUGCUGGUUGCCAUGGAGACCUGGUCAUCAGGGAAUCCGGUUUCUGUGGUUUCCAACCCCCUGAUGACACUGCAGAACUUUAUGCAGUACCGCAGGGAGAACCUACAGGAGAACCCUGAUUCAGUCCAGCUUCUAUCUGGCAGUACGUUUCAGAGCAGCCGGAGUGGAUCUGCGUACACUGGAGGAGUGUGUUCCAUCACACGAGGAGGAGGAAUCAAUGAGUAUGGCAGUGUGGGCUCUGUGGCUGUUUCCCUUUGUCAGAGUUUGGGACAAAACAUCGGCAUGAAGUGGAACAACAUUCGCAAUACUGCAGAUUGCCGGUGUCCCGACUCCUGGCUGGGGUGUAUAAUGGAGGACACGGGGUAUUACCUCCCGAGGAAGUUCUCCCGCUGUAGUGUGGAUGAAUAUCUGCAGUUCCUGCUCCAGGGUGGAGGAAGCUGCCUCUUUAAUAAGCCCAACAAGCUUCUGGACCCUCCUGAGUGUGGGAAUGGUUUUGUGGAGCCCGGAGAGGAGUGUGACUGCGGCUCGCAGGUGGAGUGUGCACGCAGUGGAGGAUCCUGCUGUAAGAAAUGCACACUUACCCAUGAUGCAAUGUGCAGUAACGGCCUGUGCUGUCGAGAAUGCAGGUACGAACAGAGAGGGGUGAUGUGCCGGGAUGCUGUCAAUGACUGCGAUAUCCCAGAAACCUGCACUGGAGAUUCCAGCCAGUGUCCACACAAUGUUCACAAGUUGGAUGGCUACAUGUGUGAUAACAAUCAGGGUCGCUGUUAUAACGGUCGCUGUCGAAACCUCGACAAUCAGUGCAGAGCACUGUGGGGCUACAGUGCAGCAGAUCGGUUCUGCUAUGAGAAAUUAAACGCUGAAGGAACAGAGAAGGGAAACUGUGGUCGCGCUGCAGGAGGACAGAGCUGGAUCCAGUGCAAUAAACCAGAUGUUCUGUGUGGGUUUCUUUUCUGCUCCAAUGUGACAGAAAAGCCAAAGUUUGGGGACCUGCAGGGGGAACUGACCAGCCUGACCAUCUACCACCAAAACAAAUAUCUGGACUGCCGCGGGGGUCAUGCUGUGUUAGAAGAUGGAUCUGAUCUGGGUUAUGUGGAGGAUGGAACUCCAUGUGGUCCCAGUAUGAUGUGUCUGGAGCGCCGCUGCCUUCCACUGAGCUCCUUCAACAUUAGCACCUGCCCUGGAUCCAGCUCAGGACCGACCUGCUCCAACCACGGGACGUGCAGUAAUGAAGUGAAGUGUAUCUGUGAGCCGGAUUAUACGGGCAAGGACUGCAGUGUGUUUGAUCCAAUUCCAGAGCCAACUCCUCCACCUGGACCUGACAAGAAAGAAAUAUCCGGAGAGGAAGGUCUGGUGGAGGAUAGACUUCCUGUGUGUGUGUGUCUGUGUUUGUGUGUGUGUCCACGUCAAAGCUCGAGUCUUCCACUCCCAUCUCCUGAACCUGCUCUUCGCUCCUGGCUCUGUCGGUCAGUCAGAUCUCCACCAGCAGGAGGACAUCCAGCACUACAUUCCAGCCAAUCACACGCAGCAACUCGCCCACAAACACAGUCAGAAGAUGUUGCUGCUCAACGAUGACUGACCAGCAAGAUGGUGUGUGUGCGUGCGUGUGUGUGUAUAUCAACACUGUUUACUAAAACUGAAGGUCAGUAUGAGACUUCAUUUAACAUCAGACUGACACAGCAUGACCAGAACAGAGACCACCGAAGACCACUGAGUAUUGCGUUCUCUCUGAGGGAUGAACUGGACUGAAUUGGACUGAACUGGACUGAAAUGAAUUGGACUCAGCAUCUCCUGCCAAACUCAUCUCCCUGAACAUUCCUGAGGCUUCUGAAGGGCCUGAUGGUUCUGACGGUUCACUAAUCACUGGGUCACUGAAUCACAUGACCAUACAGACCUGCUGGUCUUCCUUCAGCACAGAACAUGGCUGGGAUCCCAACCUGAGCGUCUGAGAUUUAAUUAAAGCUCGUCUGGAUCGUUUGGGUUUUUCCGUGUUUCUUGUAGCAGCUCAGUAGCAGACAAGACCAGCAGUUUAUCACAUUUUAGCAUCAGAUUCUUGACUCAGAUCUUUUUACACAGAUCGUCGUUGUUUCAUAGUUUUUAUUGUGAUUAAAAAUGUGAUUAUGAGACCAGCCUGAGAACCUCAGACAGUCUGAGACCACCCUGAGACCCUCAGACAGUCUGAGACCACCCUGAGGCGUCAUCAGAUUUGUGCAUGUAGUCACAAACAGAAACAUUCCACCUUAAAAACACUAAACUUGUACUGCAUGUGUGACAGUUUACGACACGAAAUACUUUUAUUUACUUAAACGACGCUUGUUAUUAUGAGCAGAUAACAUUAUUAAUAAAUAUUAAUUAAUAUAAUAACUUAAUUUUACCUUUUUUGGCACAUGAACGAAAGAAGCAUAUGAAGAAAUGCAUAAAACACAGAUUCUGAAAAUGAUUCAUAAUCCACUGCAGCGCAUUUCUGAAUACGGCGCUGUGCAAAAGUCAGAGACCCCCUUCAUUGAUUUAAUGUCCACUCAUUCAUUUUCAGGAAAGAGCAGAAAACACAUUUAACAGAAAAUUACCCAGAAUCCUCCACAGCUCAAUCUAAUCUCAGCUGUUCAGUGAGUGUGUCCACUCUUUCUCUUCAUUCCAGCUUCCAUUCUUCUAAGGAGCCUCACUUUCAGCUCCUCAAAGAAUCUGCAGACACUCCUCCAAAGCUCAGUCUUAGAAGCUGAUUGAUGAUUUCCUGAA